CAAUUGACACGGACAGAGUCAUUUUGCACGCACUUUCACUCCCCCACUGCGCGUCUGAUUCCCCUUUUCCUCCCCCCAAGUAACCGGCUUUGUCUGGUAAUUAAAUUCACACGUAGUUUCACCCACACUGCGUGUGUGUGUGGUAAGUAAAGUUGAGAAAAAAGAUUGGAAAAACAAAAGAAAAGAAAAGGGAUGAAGCAAGAAGCAGUCACACCUCACUCCCUCUCUCUCUCUCCUCUCUCUGUCUCUCUCUGUGGUUGAUAUUUGACAAGCAUUCUGCAGCUGUGGGCGAGAGAGCUUAGAUAGUAGAUAAAUAAAGGAAAGGGGGCGUUUUUAUCCAUCUUACUAUAUAGCUUAACACUAAAGGGUGGGAAAUUUUAGAAAAGUUAGAGAGAGAAAGAAGGGGGAGAUGGUGGGCUCAGGCGCAGCAGACAGGAGCAAAGAAGCAGUUGGGAUGAUGGCCCUUCAUGAGGCCCUUAGAAGCGUCUGUCUCAACUCAGACUGGACUUACUCUGUCUUCUGGACCAUUCGUCCUCGCCCGAGAGUUAGAGGCGGCAAUGGUUGCAAAGUUGGAGACGACAAUGGUAGCUUAAUGUUGAUGUGGGAAGAUGGGUUCUGCAGAGGCAGAGUCGCAGAGUGUUUGGAUGAAAUGGAUGGAGAGGAUCCUGUCAGGAAAGCCUUCAGCAAAAUGUCGAUUCAAUUGUAUAAUUAUGGAGAAGGGUUGAUGGGAAAAGUUGCUUCUGAUAAAUGCCACAAAUGGGUAUUCAAGGAGCCUACAGAAUGUGAACCAAACAUCUCCAACUACUGGCAGAGUUCAUUUGAUGCUCUACCUCCGGAGUGGACCGAACAGUUUGAGUCAGGCAUUCAGACUAUUGCUGUUAUUCAAGCUGGACAUGGCCUACUCCAGCUUGGUUCUUGCAAGAUUAUACCAGAAGACCUUCAUUUUGUGCUGAGAAUGAGGCACACUUUUGAAUCCUUGGGCUAUCAAUCCGGAUUCUACCUAUCCCAGCUGUUUUCGUCGACUCGGAAUGGUUCGUCGUCAUCCCCGGCUCCUCUAAAGCAGCCGGCAAUGGCGACACGGCCACCUCCUCCCCUGUUCAAUUGGGGGUCCAGGCCCCUCCCUUCGAUGCCGAAUUUCCCGAACUCGGGUGCUCGAAUGGGGAUGCCGCCAUCCAAGGAUGAGCCUCACAUGUUCUUGCACCCUCACUCUAACGGGGAGAUGAUCGGGGAGCACGAGAACGACAUCAAAUGGCCGAACGGGCUGUCCUUCUUCAGCGCCCUCACGGGGAGGACCGAUGAGGCGAAGCUGCUGUUCAAUCCGGACUCGAAGCCCGAUAAUCAUCCGAACUGCGGGGCGAACCCUAACGACUUCUUGAGCUUGGACAGCCAUUCUAAGAUGGAUGCCAAGUUCAAGAGGAGCUUCACGUUGCCCGCCAGGAUGGCGACGUCGUCGUCCUCGUCGUCGCUCAACCAUCUCUCCCACAAUCCCGGGGAGUAUAGGAAUGAAGGUGGGGGGAUGUAUGGCGAUGUUAUGGAGACUUUCUUGGACUAGUGUUUUUUUAUAUGUUGAGUUUGUACCUAGGGCUAGGAGGAACAUGUUGUAUUUGGAUGUCUCAUGUCUCACCUUUAUUUGUAUGUUCUAGAACUUUGUGUAAUUUCUUCUUCUUUCAUAUGCAAUAUUAGUAGUUAUAGACUUCA